AUGGUAAUGGUGGUGGUUAUGGGGCUGGAAGCGGAGGCAGCAGUGACGGGUGGAGGUGGUGGUCCAGGCGGUAAAUAUGGUCCAGAUGGCGGCGGUAAUGGUGAUGGAUGGAAUGGUGGUAGCUAUGGUCCUGGUGCAAGCAGCAGGCAAGGGAGUUGGGGCAGUAGCUAUAGCUACGGCAGGGGCUGGUGCAGGGGCCCUGGCUUAAGAUAUGGCAGCGGUAGUACUGGUCAUGGUGGCGGAGGUAACAAUGGAGAAGGGCAGUAUGGAAUCACUGGUGGGGGCCUAUUCAGGGACAAUCAGCAGCUCCCAUACAGCAUGAAACCAUGA